GAGUACAGGGCGGCCUUCGACCUAUUUGACGAAGAUGGCAACAACGCCAUCAGUAAAGAGGAGCUGGGCAACGUGAUGAGAAAGUUGGGUAUGAACCCCACUGACGAAGAACUGAGAGAUAUGAUCAGGGAACAUGAUACCGAUGGUGACGGUCAGAUCGAAUUUGAAGAGUUCUGCGUCCUCCUGGCUCAGCGCAUGGAA